AUGAUUGACUGGCUGACAUUGCGAAACAUUGAGCAUUCAUCCACGUUGCUUAAGCCUCAAUUAUAUGAACUGAUUCUGCAAAACAAGGCGAGAUUUGUAGAGUACAAGAUAGACGAAAUAUUACGACAGCACGGUCAUACUGUGCUGCGUUUACCACCAUACCAUCCGGAGUUUAAUCCUAUAGAAAAUAUAUGGGGGAUAGUGAAAACAUAUGUCGCAAAAAAGAAUGUCGCAAUGAAUAUGAAGGUUAUAAUGUCAUUAGCUGAAGAAAAAAUGAACGCCAUAACUGUAGAGGAAUGGAGAAAAGUUUGUCUGCAUGCUAUUGAGGAGGAAAACAAAUAUCAGAGUAGAGACGCAGCUUUAGACACAAUAUCAGAACGAAUCAUAAUUAAUUUAAAUAAUUCAUCUGAUGAAAGCGAGGAUGGGGAUGAUUGUGAUAUGCCUGGGGUUGAUGAAUUAUUAGAAUAA